AUGGCGACAGUUGAGGUAGUUUCGACGGAUGUUUACAAUCCAAUACUCUUGCCGCCUUUCCUAUCAAAGUUGUAUGAGAUUGUCGACGAUCCCUUGACAAAUGAUAUUAUCUCUUGGGGUCCGACUAAUCGAACUUUCAUUGUCUGGAAACCUUACAAUUUCUAUAGCAUUUUGUUCAAAUAUUUCAAUCACAGUAAUUUCUCCAGCUUUGGUAAGGAACUCCACAGAUAUUGUUUUAACAAAGUACACCAUACACAAUGGGAGUUUGCUCAUGAAACCGGAUUUGUCCGAGGAAAGCCGCAUCUUAUGAUGAAUAUCGUUUUGAGAACACGGAGUCGUGACCAUUCGUCAAAGAAUCCAGGGGUAAUGAGAAGUUCUCCACUACUAUGUACUUAUCCUAAGAAGCAAUGGAAAAGGCAAGAAUUGUCCCGAGCAAUGAACCAACAAGACAUAAUUGUGUCGUCAUCUUCUAAUGUUCCACAAAGUUCGGAGCUUGGUAUCAAUUUGGAGUUGGAGAAUAUCAAUAGAAAGAGGAAAUUGGAGUUGUUUGAAGGUACUCUGAAAGAAGAUGAACAUGUUGGUGCCAUGUUGAUACCGGAUUCAUUUCCUGAAUACAAUGAUGAUGACAACAUUGUAUGGGCAGACAUUCCACCUCUUUCCAAUGCUCAAGAAAUUGGCAAUAAUAACAUUGCUUUAGAACAAUCUGAAAACAAUAAGGAAGAUGACAGCAAACGAGAAGAGGAGUCGAUAAUCAAAAUGUGGGAACGUUUUCUGAUGGAAACUGAUUAA